GUCUCACCCAUAAAUUACUAGCUAUUCCGUGUCUGUGUUGGUCACAACUCGGUAAUGUUCUCCUCUUCCCUCCUCUUCUCCGGCCUUUCCAUUUCUACCGUCUCUCUUUCCCUCCCGUCUUUAUUCCUGUCCUUUAUAUUCUUCCUUCAACCCGAUAUUAUUUGAUACCUCGUCUGCGAGAUAAACGACCGACGAUCGUUGAUUUAUCCAGGAACUUGGCGAAAAUUUCAUCACGAUUCUGUGCCUACAACGGCGACGACAGGAACGUGACAGCGUAGAGUUAAGCAAUAGUCGAUAGAGAGACGGAUCUAGGUGCCAGGAGGUCUCGCAGACGGUCUAUGGGAAUGAAACGGACUCAUCUUUGCCGUAGGUCGAACGCGAGCCUGAUCCGAGAGGAUCUCUCUGGCCGCUGAAGGGGCACAGGACCCCGCUGCUAAAUGAGCUGUAAUACGGACCCCCGCUGACCCCGCGCUCGCUCUUUCUCUUUCUCCUGCUCUACCUCGCCAGUUCCUACUCUUCCGUCGUAAUCUCUUCCUUUCCUCUUCUAUCGAAUCGUUCGUUCUUUCACUCGUACCGCUCCGUCUGCCUGCUCUCCCCCCGAUGCCGUUCAAAACUACUCGUUCCUCGGGUAGAAUUCGGUGGUCAUGAUACAACAACGCCAAACGAUUCCUCUUACCGGCACACUUACCACGAUGUUUUUACUUUCUCUACUCCUUUUACCGUUUUUCUGCCUUUCGUUUUUCUAUUGUCGCUGUUAUCGCCCGUUCUUCCUCGCUGGCCCGUCGUUCGACGCGCUCGUUUUCUCGUUAAAAUCGGGGAUGACGAACGUCUCUACGGUUUCCAUAAUUACAGUUACCUAUGCGCGUGCGACACUUGGGUUUAUGUCAUGGAGAACGGCUUUCCUUCGACCGAGUACGAAACGGUUCUCAUUGCUUCUGCGAACUAACGGAGAAUGGUCGUGACAUCGAGACCGAUCGCUCGCGCAUUCGCUCGGUCAACGAAGUAGUUGACCCGUCGCUGGAGAUACGCAGAGAGCGAUCCAUCAAUUGGGUCAACCGUUCUCCGCGCUCCGCUACUAGUGGAUGGAGAAAGGAAAGAGAGCAAGGGGAGGAACGAAAGUACGGCUAGUAUCUAAGAUACAGGAGUUCUAUCGAUGCCACGCGAAAGCGACAGUUUCGACGUUACUCGAAGUUUUUCCAAUGAAAUAUUCGCUCAAGCUACUCGGGGAAAUAUGAAGUUUUCCGUCGGUAGAAUGUCCCCGUGUAACAGAUCUCUGGCGCGGGCCAGCAGCUUGAGACUAGUCGACGAUUGCUACUCUUGACGUAACUCCUGAAAAAUCUGCACGCGAUUCAAAGACGCCGAAACAGAAUCGGGAUCGAUAAAUGUCCGAAACGAGACGAUAAAACGAGUCGCACGGCACGACAGCUUAAGCCUUCGAUAGCUCUGUUCGAUGCGUCUUCGUUGUGUACCACCGAGACAUGACCGAUGAGAGAGGAGAGACCAGCGUGCAACAAGAGGAAAGAAGAUAGCCACUGGCAGAGCUCUAAAGGAAAGAAAAGGACGCGGCGCUGAAAGUGGAAGUAUACGAUUAAGCGGAGACCGACCGAGAACAAGCUGGUGCCGGGCUGUUUCGAACGAUCCGUUGAUCGGAUUUUUUCCCAAACUUGGAGAAACGAAAACCGCGAAAAUGCUAUUAUCAGUCCGCGAAGGAGGAGACAGCUGAACGAUGAGAAUGGAUUUCGGGAGGAUUUGCUCAGCCGUGCGGAUCGUGCUGCUCGUUACGAGGAUCGUGCAACGAGGAGGAAGCUUUACGUAGAAAGCUGGAACGCGAGCAUGGGGUCAGGAACCUGGUGGCGCUACGCCGUGCCAGACACGAUCGAUUUCCAUACCGGCGCGAUUUCGAUUUUCCUUCGUCUUUCUCGAGUCGAGAACGUCGCCUGUCUUCCGGUAUCCAGCAGACUACGGGCGGCAGACGAGGGAAGAAAUCGGCAAUUGUCGAAGUUACACCGAGGGGCGGAGGGGAUGGAGAUGCGCCUCGUUCUCGUGGCGAUCUGCCUCCUUCUCGUUACCCCCAUCGCCGGCUCUUUCUGGACCGUUGGAAAUCAGGUGGUGAUGGAUCCGAUGCUCAUCUGCAAGAAGACUAGGAGACUGAAGGGUAAAAUGGCGGACAUCUGUCGCAAGGAACCCUCCCUGUUGAAGGAAAUUGCGAGAGGCGUCCAGGUCGGAACCAAAGAGUGCCAAUAUCAAUUUCGAAAUCGCAGGUGGAACUGCACCACCAUGAGGAGGUCGCUGAGAAAAAUUUUAUUGCGCGAUACCAGGGAGACGGGUUUUGUGAACGCCAUCACCGCGGCCGGAGUAACCUACGCGGUGACCAGAGCUUGCACCAUGGGACACCUCGUCGAAUGCUCCUGCGACAAGAUGACGGCGAAAGGUAAUCGGCUCGGUAAAUUGACCCGUACCGCUGAAAUGGAGAAGAGCCUGCCGACCGAGGGUGACUGGGAGUGGGGUGGAUGCGGCGACAACGUAAAGUUUGGAUUUAAGAAGUCACGAGACUUUAUGGACGCCCCUUACCGCAAGCGCAGCGACAUCAAAACGCUGGUGAAGCUGCACAACAACAACGCCGGUCGUCUGGCCAUCAGGGACUUUAUGAGCACGGAAUGCAAGUGCCACGGACUUUCGGGAUCAUGCACGGUUCGAACCUGUUGGCGGAAAAUGCCGGCGUUCCGCGACGUUGGCAACAGGCUGAAAGAGUCGUUUGACGGUGCGGCGAAGGUGAUACCGAGCAACGACGGCCACAGCUUCAUCACCGAGGGGCCGACCAUCAAGCCGCCGGACAGAUUCGAUCUGAUAUACAGCGAGGACUCGCCGGACUUCUGCAAGCCGAACAGAAAAACGGGCUCCCUGGGCACACAGGGACGACGAUGCAACUCCACCAGUCAAGGGGUCGACGGAUGCGAGCUGCUCUGCUGCGGUAGAGGCUACGACACCAGAGUCGUCAAGGAGAAGAUCAGCUGCGAAUGCAGGUUCCGCUGGUGCUGCGAGGUCACUUGCAACACCUGCCUGGUUAAGAAAACGGUCAACACUUGUCGCUAACGAGUCGCCUGUCCACCGUUAGAAUAAACGUUUGUAAUAUACGCGACGCGCUGUCGAACAGUUUGGACGCGAGGGUCGAGUCGCGAACAAUCAGUCGUAAAUAAGUCGCGAGCUCGAUCGUUCGCGUCCCAUCGUUCGAAGCUUUCCAAGUAUCUCCAGCUGUUCGUUUCGAGCGUUUCGCGCUUUGCUUGCUCGCGGCGCGCGAAACGAUCGUCGCUUUACUCGCUUUCGUUCGACUUUUGUCGACACGCCGCCUUUCAACCUCUCCCAUUCCCCCUUUUUGCCCCCUUGCGCUUGCGUUCUCCGCAUUUACUGUACAUAAGACUGAAUGGACGAAAGUUUAUACUGUGCAGCGUGAAAUGCGAAUAAAAACGUGUAUCCCCGGCCGAAUUUUCUUUCGUUACUUUCGAAACAUGGCACCGCAAUCGCGUCG